AUGGUUUUCGCUCUUGCAUAUGAUGCUAAGAAAUAUUCUGAUGAGUUUGCUGAAAUAGAACUUAAAGAUGAAAGAGGAAUUAAAUUAUGCAAAAUUAUUGAUAAAGAAGCAGAUAAAAGAGCAUUCAUAAUGAAAAAUUGUGAAUUGAAAGAAAUUAGUGUAGAAGGAUGUGAAAAAGGGUGGUCGAAUUUAAGUUAA